AUGGCUGAUCGAUUAGUUUCAUCAUGUCAAUAUCGUUCAAAUUUUGAUAAGAUAGCAAAAAUACUUCUUAUUAGUGAAACAGGUGCCGGAAAAUCAACAUUUAUUAAUUAUUUAUGUAAUUAUUUUCAUAAAGGUAAUUUAAAUAAUCUUAAAAUAGCUAUACCAUGUAAAUAUCAUUCAAUAUCAACUGAAGAAUUUUCUCAUAAUGAAUUUAAUAUUAAUGAUAAUACUCAAUCAAAAACUAAUUAUUGUACACAAUAUAUAUUUACUGAUAUAUCAACAAAUAAACAAUAUUUAUUUCUUGAUACACCUGGUUUUUCUGAUACUCGUAGUAUUGAACAAAAUCAAAUAAAUAUGAAUAAAAUAAUUGAUACAAUAACACAAUUAGAUAAUUUAACUUCAAUUAUAUUUGUUGUUAAUGGUUCAAUGAGUCGAUUAACAACAAAUUUUCGUUAUGCUAUUAAUUGUUUAAAUAGUAAUAUACCUAAUAUUAUUUUAGAAAAUGUUAUUGUUAUAUUAACUAAUGUUAAAAAAUAUGAAUCAUCAUUUGAUUUAAAAGUAUUAAAUUUACAUGGUAAAAUUUAUCCAUUUUAUAUGCAAAAUGGUGCAUUUGUAUCUGAUCCUAAAACAUGGACAAAAUCUAUUCGUAAUGAACUUCAAUAUGAUUGGAAUCAUUCAAUGAAUCAAAUAAAAUUAAUACUUGAAACAAUUGAUUCAUUUAAACAAAUAUCUAUUGAUACAUUUAUACAACUGAAACACAUUCGUAAUGAUAUUAAAUCAAUUAUUCAUCAAACACGUCUUGAAAUAAUUCAAAUACAAAAAAUUCAAGAUGCUAUUGCUCAAUUAGGUCUUGAAUAUAAACAAACUAAUCUAGAUAUGAUAAAAUAUCAAGAUCAUACUCAAUAUCAUAUUGUUGAAAAAAUUCAACAACUCGAUACAUCACAUUAUAAUACUUUAUGUGCGAAUUGUCAUCAAAUUUGUCAUAAUAAUUGUCGUUUAAAUGAAACAAAUAUUGUCGAUGGACAUAUAUUAUCACAAUGUUUAAUUAUGAAAAAUGGUAAAUGUCAACAAUGUAGAAAUCAUUGUUCAUAUAUAAAUCAUUAUUAUGCUAGAAAAACUAUUCAAAUAAGUCAUGAAACUUUAUAUAAUAUAUUAAUUGAUUUAAAAGAAAAAUAUGAUCAAACAUAUCAAAAUAAUAAUAAUAAUAAUUGUCAAGAAAAAAUGAUAAAAAUAUUAGAAACACAUGAAUUAUUUGAACAAGUAUUAGAACAAAAAAUGAAAGAAAUUAAAAAUAAAUCUAUACAAUUAAUUAAUAUAUGUUCAUUAUUUAAUUUAUCAAAUGAAUUCAAAGAUUUAAUAAAACAAUUAAAAAUAGAAUGGAAUUUAUUACGAAAUGCUGAAAUAAAAUUAAAAGUUGAAAAAUUUAUUAAAAAAUUAGUUAAAUUUAUUCAUUUAGUUGAAGAAAAACAAGAAAAUAAUCGUUUAAAACGAUCAUCUAUGCAAAUAAUUUAUAAAGAUGAAUCAAUAGAAAAAAAAUCAACAACCGAUGUAAAUCGUUUAACAAUAUUGGAUUUAAUUGAAUUAUAUCAAAAUACAAUUGAUCAUAAUCUUAUGAAAUCAAUAUUAAAUGAACUUCAUCAACGUGCUCUAGGAAAAUCUACAGGUCCAUUAUUAACAUCAAAUGAAAUUAUAAUAAUAAAUAAAUAUUUAGAAAAAUAUAAACCUAAAAAUAUUCAAGAAUUAAGUUAUUCAUAUCAUAAAUUACAACAACAAAUUCAACAUAUUAUUAAAUUAGAUAUUUUCAAUCUUUCUAAUGUAAAUUCUGAACUUUUAAUUGAAAAUUUUAUUCUACAAACAUUACUUGAUGAUAAAGAAAAACAAGAAGAUAAUAAUAAUAAUAAUAAUAAUAAUCAAGAUAAAAUUCUUCAAAUAAUACCAUCAAAUACCUCAUCUCAAUCAAUGAUUGAUUCAUUUCCAGGACAAAUUUCAACAAUUAAAUCACAACCAUUUCAUCCACUUCCAUAUCCAAAUACAGAAUUAAUACCAUCACCAGCAAGAUCAUUAAAUUCUAAUUCAAAUUUAAUUGGAUUUUCUCAUUUAAAUGUUGCUCCAUAUCCAUCAAAUAAUGAUCCAUCAUUUAUGCCACCAUUACCAUCUGAUUAUUCUCCAUUAAUUCAACAAAGUAAAUCUCAAUCACAAAUAUUUUCUCAUCAUGAAGAUCAUCGACAUGAUUCAACAGAUACAAAAACUAGAAUAUCACCAGUCGAUUGUAAAGAUUUCAUGCUAAUGCCAAUGCCAAUACCAAUGCAUACAAAUAAUAAUCAACAACGAUCAAUUAAUCUUCAUAAUUCUAAUGUUAAACUUCCAUUAAAUAACGCCAUUAAAUAUCAAUAUAAGACAUCAUCAAAUGAAAGUUCAUCAGUACCUGAUGUAAUACCAAUUCAUGUUGAUUCUUAUAAUUCAUCAAAACCUUUAUUAAACUAUGCAAGAAACGAUAAUAUUGUUAGUUCAGAUAAUGAAAAUUUAUCUGCAUUAGAUAAUUCACGUCUUUUAUUAAUGUAUAAUAAUGCAAAUCUUAAAAAUAAUGAAUCUCAGAUAACUACUAUUCUUCAAGAACUUGAACGACGAUGUUAUGGUGAAUAUCCAAUGUUAAUUAAAGAAAACAUAAAUCUAUUUCAUGAUAAAAUAAAACUUCAUGAAAUGAAAACAAUCGAAGAACUUAUCAUAGCACAAUCAGCUAUUAAACAAAAAAUUCGAACAUAUUUAAAAAAUGAUGAUGUUACAUUGAUUAAUGAUAUACCAUCAGAAUUAAUUAUUGAAGCACAUGCAUUAAAUCAAUUAAUCUUAUCACGAGGAUAA